AUGAGUAUCGUUCCCCCAGAGAAGCAGUCAAUAAAGAUAUCUCUGAUAGGGAUUGUAACUCAGUUUGGGAUAAAUCUUACCUUAGGUUUUGGCACGCUUGUAUUAUUUAGUUUUUUAAGACCAAGAAAUGUUAUAGUAUAUUCCCCAAAACAAUUUGCACCGGAAGAUAAGCAACCACCAAAAAUCGAAGAAAAUAAAUUAUGGGGAUGGGUUAAACCAGUGCUGGAAGCGAAUGAAAAGUCUUUAGUGAAUGAAAUUGGAUUAGACGCUGUCAUGUUCAUAAGGUUUAUUAAAUUAUGUCAAAAUAUUCUCUUAUGUUUAUUAGUAUUCGGAGCUUGUGUUAUUAUGCCCAUUAACAUUUUUGGUACUUAUCGUGAUAAUAAUUAUGAUAUGCCAAGUAAAGAUAAUCCUUUACAAAUUUUAAGCGUCUCUUAUCUUGAACAAACGAAUUGGUUUUGGGCACAUUCAGUAUUUACGUGGUUAUUUUCUUUAAUUAUAUAUUGGUUUAUUUUUUUAGAAUAUAAAAAUUAUAACAGGCUAAGAAUUGAAUAUUUUAAAUCGGAUGAAUAUCGUAAAUCUUUACAUUCAAAAACAUUAUUAAUUACUGGAUUGCCAAAUUCCAAGCAAUCAGAUAAAGGAUUAGUAGAUUUUAUGGAAUCAAUAAAAGUUAGACGCCCAAUUUCUGAAGCAGUUAUAGCAAGAGAUAUCGGAAAGUUACCCGAUUUUGUGGUAGAAAGAGAAGCGGCUGUACGCGGCUUGGAGAGCGCUUUUGUCAAAUAUUUAAAAGGACAUAAUAAGGUGGCAGAUAAAAGACCAGAACAUCGAAUGCAUUUAUUCUUUGGAGCUAAAGUUGAUAGUAUAACCUUUUAUACUAAUAGAAUUGAAACGACCGAAGCAAGAAUUUCUGAAUUAAGAAAAGAUCCAACUGAAAGAAAAGCUUUAAAUUAUGGAUUUGUUUCUUUUGAAAGUAUUUAUCAUGCACAUUCUGUGGCAAGACAAUUAGAUAGCGUUCCAUCUGUUGGUAUAAGGCAUGAAUCACUUGGUGCUCCAGCUGUACAUCUUGCACCAAUACCUAAAGAUAUUAUUUGGGGAAAUCUUUCAGUGCCUGCCGCAGUCAGAAAAACACAAAGGUGGAUCGGACGUUUCUUUUUUGUUGCACUUUGUUUUCUAUGGUUAAUUCCAUUGGGUUUUAUCACAACGGCAGGACAAAUUAGGAAUAUUGUGAAAAUAUUUCCUUUUCUAAAAGAUUUAUUAUAUGAACAUGAUUUUAUAGCAGGAUUAAUAGAAUCGUGGAUGACACCAAUGGUUUUAGCGUUAUUCGUCAUAAUAUUACCAAUAAUUUUAAGAUAUUUAACAAAAGCACAAGGAAUAAUAACAUACUCAGAAACAGAAAGAUCAGUUUUAGGAAAAUUAUAUUUAUUUUUCUUUAUUAAUAAUUUAAUUUUAUAUACAAUAUCAUCAACAGUAUGGGAUAUAGUGGCUAAAGUUAAAGCAUCAAUAGACGCAGGUUACUUAGAUUUAGACGAUUUAAAAAAAAACAUAACCAAUUCAAAAUUUUUGGAUGAAAUAGCGGAAUCUGCCAUUAAAGUAUCAUUCUUUUGGAUAAAUUAUAUUUCUUUAAGCGGUUUAUUUGCUGUAUGGGAUUUGGCUCAAUUGGUUCAAUUGAUUUACAUCUGGUUUAAAAAGAAGCUUCUUAGUCCUACUCCAAGAAAUUUAAAAGAAUUAAGUAUGCCACCAGAUUUUGAUUAUCCUGUAUAUUAUAAUACUCAUUUGUUUUUUUUUACUUUGGGUAUACUUUAUAGUGUUAUAGCUCCUUUAAUUUUAGUAUUUUGUUACCUUUAUUAUGUUUUAGCUUAUCUCGUUUAUCGGUAUGUAUUUAAUACUAAAAUUGAGACGGGAGGAGUUUAUUGGAAAGCUGUGUUCAAUAGGCUCAUAGUUGCUAUUAUAUUUUGGCAAUUAACAAUGAUUGGAGUAAUGAAUUUAAAAGGAGCCCAUAUACAAUCUGUUACAGUCGCGCCCUUAAUAUUUCUUACUUUGAUGGUGAAAUUGUACUGUACGAAUAGAUUUGACCAAUCAACUAAAUAUUACGUGCCGGAUAUAGAAAGAGCAGGAAAACCAACAACAAAAGAUGAUAUCGUGGAUAAAGGAAAACGUAAAGAAGAACAUGUUUUUAACGUAUUUGGACAUCCAGCAUUAACAGCAGAAUUAAUUGUUCCAAUGAUACAUGCUAAUGCUAAAAAUCAAUUAAAAACUGUUUAUAAAAAUAGUAGAAUUACUGAAAAGACCGAACCAGGCAAAUCAAAACCAAUUAUAUUGAUCGAGGAGGGGGAUCAUGUUUUAAAAAUUCAACCUGUUGAAAGGAGUGAAUUGUAUAUUUUUAAUAAAUAUGAUUUUAAUGUAGGUUACACUUCUGCUUUUGGAAGAGAUGAUGAUGAAUUAGAAAAAGGUGGUAGUGAUGGUAAAAGUUAUUUAUUUGGUGAGACUGUUUCUACUACUGAAGAUUGA